CGCGCUUCCGACCCUACUGUAGUGUAUACGGUAACUAUAGGAUCUGUGUUGACGUGUUCUUGUUGGACGAAAAUAUUCAGACUCGCAGGUUGACGUCUGACUUCCCCUCUCACUCUCGCACCUGACUGACCGGCUUAAGGCCGCCAGCUUCUCUCACUCACCGCCCAUCAAAACUAAAAGAUGGGUUGUGGAGUGAAGUGUGUGGACAAUCUCCUGACCCGGAGUUUCUACAAGCUCGGAGUCCAGAUCGGCCACACUCCCGGCUACUUCCUCAUCAUCCCCGUGCUGUUGACACUCCUAUGUGUCACCGGUUACCACCAGAUACAUUACCAGAUGGACCCCGAGUAUCUGUUCAGUCCACAACAAGGUCCAGGCAAGACGGAGAGAGCCAUAGUCGAGACAUACUUUAAAAUGAACUACACCAGUCGAUUCAAUCCAACCCGAAUCACCAGGCCAGGUCGGUUUGGAAGAGUAAUUGUGAUACCAAAGCACGGCAGCAACAUGUUGUCAGUAGAAGUGUGGAAGGAACUGCGAGUAUUAGACGGAAUCAUCAAGAACGCCACCAUAGUGUUUGGUGAAGAGCAACGAAGCUAUACAUACGAGGACAUCUGCGCUCGAUGGGUGGACCACUGCUUCGAGAACGACAUUCUCAAUCUUGACCACAUCAUGGAGGAGGUAGUCAACAAAACGCUGAACCUAACAUUUCCAAUAAUGUUCAACCCAGUGACGUGGGACGCUCACACAUUCCCAGUCUACUUCGGAGGUACGGUGGUGGACGAUGACGGCAUCAUCAUCAGCGUACCCUCGCUGCAGCUAGCCUACUUUGUCAAUGCAGACACUAAGACACAGGAUGCAAGAGGAGCAGUGUGGGAGGAAGCGUUCCUAGCGGCCGUAGGUAAAGCUGAGGACUCCGGAAUGUUCAAGUACAUCUCAACGGCUCGCUUUGCAUCUCGAACUCUAGACAUUGAACUGGAGAAAAACACUCAGGGAGUCGUUCCGUUCUUUGGCUCAACAUUCGUCAUCAUGGCUGUGUUCAGUGUCCUGACAUGUAUGAUGGUAGACUGGGUCCGGUCAAAGCCUCUGUUGGGGUUGCUGGGUAAUGUGUCGGCUGCUAUGGGCACAAUCGCAGGCUUUGGUCUGGCUAUGUACUGCGGCAUUGACUUCAUCGGUAUCAACCUUGUAUCUCCACUACUCAUGUGCAGCAUAGGUAUAGAUGACACAUUUGUGAUGCUGGCUGCUUGGCGUCGCACACCAGUCACCAUGUCUGUUCCUGAGAGGAUGGGUCACACUAUGUCAGACGCUGCAGUUUCCAUUACCAUCACAAGUGUCACUGACAUGGUCAGCCUCUGGAUAGGAAUGCUUAGUCCUUUCCCCUCCAUACAAAUCUUCUGUCUCUACUCAAGUUUUGCUGUAGGGUUCAUCUUCCUAUGGCACAUCACCUUCUUUGCAGCCUGCAUGGUUUUGGCUGGAUACGCAGAACAUGACAACAGACACUCUAUUCUUUGUAUCAAAGUCAAACCAGUCUCUCUGUCAGGUAAGGCAUCUUGCUUGUACCGCAUAUUCUGCACUGGAGGGAUCAAUCCUAAGGACCCUGACAACCCAAAGGACAACCCCGACAAUGCCAUGAUGGUGUUCUUUAGAGAUUCUGUGGCUUGGUGUGUUAACCAGUGGCCCUUCAAGGUAAUAGUCCUGUUGGUGUUUGGAGCCUACAUCAGUGGAGCUAUAUACGGACUGACUACUCUGCAGGAAGGGCUGCAACGGAGGAAACUGUCCAGAGCUGACUCCUACUCCAUUGAGUUCUAUGAUCGAGAGGACUUCUACUUCAGAGAGUUUCCUUACAGAAUGCAAGUGAUCCUCUCAGGUGAGUUGAACUAUUCCGAUCCUCUGAUCCAAGAUCAAAUUGAGAACUUGACUCGGACAUUUGAAGCGUCUCCGUACAUCUCGACUCCUCUUUACACAGAGUCUUGGCUGCGGUCCUUUGUUAGCUACGUGAAACGCAACCAAGACUACCUCAAUGUCUCCAUUGAUACAGAGGACAGCUUCAUAAAAACACUUAAUGAGUUGUGGUUGUUCAAACCGAACCCGUUCUCCUUGGACGUGAAGUUUAAUGACGCGGGUACAAGGAUCAUCGCUUCUCGCUUCAUGAUACAAGCGGUCAAUAUCAGUGAUGGUAACAUGGAAAAAGACAUGGUCAGAGACUUGCGGAGAAUCUGUCAAGAGAGUCAUCUGAACGUUAGCGUGUUUCACCCGUACUUUGUUUUCUUUGAUCAGUUUGAGCUGGUCCGUCCCACUUCCAUACAAAGCAUGAUUGUCGGUGCCACUAUCAUGAUGAUUAUCUCCUACAUCUUCAUCCCCAAGUUUGCCUGUUCGCUUUGGGUCGCCUUCUGUAUCAUAUCCAUAGAGAUUGGAGUUGCCGGAUACAUGGCCUUGUGGGAUGUCAACCUAGACUGCAUCUCUAUGAUAAACCUCAUCAUGUGCAUCGGAUACUCCGUAGACUUCACCGCUCACAUCUGUUACGCCUAUAUGUCAUCCAAAGAGGAAAGAGUCGAGGAUAGAGUGAAAGAGUGCCUUUAUUCUCUUGGUCUUCCUAUAUUCCAAGGAUCAGUCAGUACGAUUCUCGGAGUAGCCGCUCUUAUUUUUGCUCAGAGCUACAUAUUUCUGGUGUUUUUCAAGAUGAUUUUCCUCGUUAUAUUUUUUGGUGCUCUUCAUGGAAUGUUCCUUCUGCCUGUUCUCUUAUCGUGGUUUGGACCUGGGGCAUGUUCCCCUAAGAAGUCUGAUUUGUCACGAGUAGAAAAAACAUUCCCUCAUCCCUACUGCAUCCCUCAUCCCUCACUGCAUCCGAUGUCUCAGAUGAACGGGAACGGAAAGCACUUUGGUGUUCCUCUUCACGGAAUGACGGACGCACCCAGGCUCGUAAUGUCCACCUACAAUGGGAACAUCCGAGGGAAAUUCAUCGUAGAAGGAGAAAAAGACCUCGGACUUGGAACCUCGGGAGAGGACUCUAGUGAAUCUAGCUCUUCAAAGUCUCAGCGGCGCAGACAAGAAGUUGAAGACGAUGAAGUGCAGCGUAGACGUUACGUAGAAGGUUGGAGAAAGUCGUCAGUACCUAACUCUGGCUCAAACCGUUCUCCGCUGACCUACCACAACGGAGGGUACAUGAGUGAAGAGGACUCGCAACCUUGGAGAGGUCAUCCAGCGUCAAAUCAGAACAGGCCACGAGCACAACACUACUCGCCACACCAUGGGCGGCCAUACCCUGGGGAUGGGAGGUACCCCUAGACUUCAGCAACCCAAAGACUUGUAUAAAGUUCCAUUAUUGACAUCUGUGGAAUUGUGUGAUUUUAGUUUUUAAAUGCACUAUGCUUUCAAAUAUCACAACUUUAACUUUUAAUAAAAUGACAAAAGUAAAUCCAGAAACACAAACUAGUUUUAGAAAAACAAGGCGCACAGUAAAAUAAUUUCUUUGGUUAUGUUAUAAAAUUCUUACUGUUGUAAUAAGUCCACCAUUGUAAGCUUUAUGUUCAUUGCUGAGUAUCUUUAAAAUACUCAGUAGUUUUCUAAUUAGUACUUAAAAUAUUUAUAACCUUUUAAAGUGUAAAGUAAUGUUGUAGGUCUAAGUAUUUUAA